AAUUUAUUCAAUAGGUAAUUGAAAAGACGUGUUAAUAUUUAAAUAAAUAGACCACUAAGGUAAAAAUAAGGCCAGUAGUUGUGAGAUGGGCGAUUUCCAACAAGAUUAUCGUAAGGUUUUGGAUGAAUCUCCUCCACCAGAACAACAGGACAACCUGGAUGAAGAAGAUGAUGGGGUUCCUGAACUUGACCCUUUAAACUCAUUCGCGCCUCUCAAUAUAUCAGAAGAAGCGGAUAAACUUACUUACAAGGAUCAUCUAUCGUCAGCGUUAUCUGUGUUUAACCUCAUGAACGCCAUCUUGGGGAGCGGAAUACUUGGGCUGGCAGAAGCGCAAAAGAAUAUUGGAGUUCUCCCAUUCGUUUUAAUGUUGGUGAGCACUGCGUGUCUUGCUUUGUUCACUAUCAGUCUUUUGCUACAUCUGAGUAGAAUCACUGGAGUGAAAACUUACGAGGGUUUGGCUCAACAAUCGUUCGGCAAGAAGGGGAAGUUUAUUACUUCUAUCAUGAUAGUGUUUCAUUGCAUGGGAGCCAUAUGCUCGUAUGUUUUCAUCAUGAAGAAUGAACUGCCUGAGGUCAUCAAGGUUUUUGUGAGCUACGAGGAAAAACCAGAUGAAGACCUUCCGUUUUAUUUGAACGGAAACUUUUUGAUGUUGAUUGUGGUCGUCGGGGUGAUUGUCCCACUUUCUACAAUGAAAGAUAUUAAGUUUCUUGGUUAUUCCAGCGCCUUCGGUAUGUUUUGUAUGAUGUUGUUUACGGUGACUGUGAUAGCGAAGAAGUUUUCCAUCCCAUGUCCCCUUCCUCUCAAUAACACCCAUUCAGCAUUGGCCAACCGUACUUACAAUGAAGAACAAUAUUGCUCGGCAAAAGUCGUUAACCUAAACAAAAGGUCCGCUUACGCCGUACCGACCAUGUUUUUUUCCUUCAUGUGCCACGCAUCGAUGCUGCCAAUCUACGCCGAACUACGAAAACCCAGUUUACCUCGAAUGCAGAAAGUGGCGGCCAUUUCUAUCCUUAACGUCCUACUAUUGUAUCUUACUUCGGCAACGUUGGGAUAUCUUACAUUCUACAAUCGCGUUGAAUCUGAGCUACUACUCACAUAUAGUUUGUACAACCCCGACGAUCCCCUCAUCGUAAUAUCAAGGCUGAUGGUCAUCAUCUGUGUAAUGCUUUCCGUGCCAUUACUACAUUAUCCGGCAAGAAAAACAAUUAUUCUAUCAAUGUUUCCCAACCCGGAUCAAUUUUUCUGGUGGAGACAUAUCUUAGUUAUGGUAGGGGUGUUGUCGGUUUCAGUUGUGUUCGUUCUAUUCGUUCCAAACAUCAGAGACAUCUUCGGCAUAGCAGGCGCCACUUCGUCUGCGUCGCUACUUGCCAUCUUCCCGAGUGCCUUCUUUAUCCGACUUACCGGCAAGGACGCUACGCCUUCCGUACGAUCUGAAUACAGCGGCAGAAGGAAGAUUGCCUGGGCGUUGGUUGUGUUGGGGAGUCUCUUUAUGAUCCUUAGUGUGGCGUUGAUUGUGCUGGACUGGUUAACAUGAACACGACCCUUGUAAUUUGAAGUCUCCAAGCGAAUGCUUUGCCUAGAGUUGCAUGUUUUUACAUAUUUAUUGCAUUUUCUAUAAAAAAAUAACAUUUUUCAAACAUUUAAGAAAAUUUUAAUAUUUGCUCUGCCUAAAUCGAAUUGUGUAGGAAAUAAAGUGAUUUGCAAUCGAGAUAAUAUGCGCUUAUGCUGAAAAAACGCUUGUAACUACAAAUUAACCAAGAGGUUGGUGGUUCGCCCACACCCGGAGAUGCCCCUUAUUCACCUAACAACCUUCCAACUAAGCUAUCGUUGGCAAUCUCAGCUGUUUUUUACAAUUGCUGUUUUGUUUUCUAUCGUCAACUACGUUAAGGCUGCUUCGAGAUUACAUUUUGACCAAUCAUCUCCCGA